AUGUAUGUAAUAUUAUAUUGUGUCCUUUUUUUAUUUCAAGUUGUUUAUUCACGUCGAGCUUUUAUCAAUGUUCAUAAGAAUAAUAUAAUCAAUAAUAAACUGAGCGUUAACAAUCCUUACAAUAAAAAUGCGUUAUAUCAAAGUUCUUCUAAAAUACCCAUGUCACAGGCGAUUACAAAGAAGCAAAUAAUAGAAGAAGUUUCAAUGGAAACUAAAGAAAACAAAAAGACUGUUGAGAAGAUAAUGAAUGGAAUAUUUGAUAAUAUAUAUAAACAUUUAGAGAAUAAUGAAAAGAUAUAUAUACACAAAUUUGGAAUGUUUUAUAACAUUUUUAGAAAGAAAAGAUGUAUAAAAAAUUUGAGAACUAAAGAAGAUAUUGAAAUAGAAAGUAGUCACAUGCCCCAUUUUAAAUUUUCAAAAGUUUUUAAGGAGUUAAUAAAACAAAAUGUAAAGGUUAAAAAAGGAAAAGGAGUUAGUACCAAUGAUCAUGAUUUGGAUGAGGAUGAUAUAAAUAUGGAUAAUAUUAAUGAAAGCUUUAAGGAAAAUGUAAAUGAAAAGUUAAUUUAUUAA